AUGUCUCGCAUCUUCAUAACAGGAGCAACAGGCUACAUUGGCGGCGACGUCCUGUACGCCCUCACUCAGGCCUGCAGUUCGUGCGAGGUCACGGCCCUCGUGCGCAGCGAGAAGAAGGCAGCCCUACUCGCUAGCAAGUUUCCAAUGGUAACUCCGGUCAUUGGAGACCUUGAGUCUGCGACGCAAAUUGCGAGCGAGGUCUCGAAGGCGGAUGUUGUGCUUCACCUUGCGAGCUCGAACCAUCUCCCCAGUGCUACUGCCAUUGCACGGGGCUUGACCGAAACUAAGCGUCAAAGUCCAGUUUGGAUUCAAAUCUCGGGCGCAAGCCUUCUUUCCGGGCCGGAAAUCGCCAGAGGUUCCUAUGGCCAAGCGCGCGCUCAAGACCACAACGACCUGCAGGGAAUCAGUGAGAUCCGAAACAUCAUCUCUUCGUCACCCAAACGCGCCGUCGACCAGCUCCUCCUAAAUCUUUCCUCCAAACAGCCGAAUGUCCGAAUAGCGAUUGUUUACGGACCAUUGAUCUAUGGCCUGGGUCGCGGUCCAAUCAAUCAGCGCAGCAUUCAGCUACCAGAUUUGGCGAAGGCAACCCUUCAGCUGGGCCAUGGAUUCCAGGUCGGGAGGGGUCUAAGCUGUUGGAGUAAUAUCCACAUCUCGGAUUUGUCGGACUUGAUUGUGAGAUUGGUUCAGAAGGCGGAGGAUCCUCAAGGCGGUGAUCCUUGGCUUUGGAAUGAAAAUGGCGUCUAUUUCGCGGAGAAUGGAAAGAUGCCGUUUGGAGAUAUUUCGAGGAGAAUAGCCGCGUUUGCAUUCAAUGAGGGCUUCAUCAAGAGCACAGAUGUUCAGGAAAUCGAUGCGGAUGCUGCAGAAAAAUUGACUGCACAUGGAGCUGUGCUCUGGGGGUCGAACGCUCAGUAUAAGGCAUCCCGUGCACGAGAGCUGCUAGGCUGGAAGCCGACUGGCCCCAGCAUUGUAGAAGAGAUCCCUAGAGCUGUUUUGGAGGAAUCUUCGCGGCUUAGGUCUCAAUCUAAGAUCUAG